AGGUCGGCAGCCUGGGCGGCGGAAGCGGAGCUGUGCCGGGCCCGAUCUUUGGAACAGCCCGUAAAGCGGGCAGCCCCGUCCCGCCCCGCCCCCCUACAGGAAACCAAAACCAUGGAGGCCCCACCUGUUACCAUGAUGCCUGUCACUGGGGGCACCAUUAACAUGAUGGAGUAUUUACUCCAAGGAAGUGUUUUGGAUCAAAGCCUGGAGAGCCUCCUUCACCGGUUGCGUGGUCUGUGUGACAACAUGGAACCUGAGACAUUCCUGGACCAUGAGAUGGUGUUCCUCCUGAAAGGUCAGCAAGCCAGUCCCUUUGUCCUGAGGGCACGGUGCUCCAUGGACAAAACUGGCACACCCUGGCACUUGCGCUAUUUGGGACAGCCAGAAAUGGGAGACAAAAACCGCCAUGCUCUGGUGCGCAACUGUGUUGACAUUGCUACCUCAGAGAACCUUACUGACUUUCUGAUGGAGAUGGGCUUCCGGAUGGACCAUGAGUUUGUCGCCAAGGGCCAUGUGUUCCGCAAGGGUAUCAUGAAAAUUGUAGUGUACAAGAUCUUCCGCAUCCUGGUUCCAGGAAACACUGAUAGCAUUGAGCCCUUGUCUCUCUCCUACCUCGUGGAGCUGAGUGUUGUAGCUCCGGCAGGACAAGACGUAGUUUCUGAUGACAUGCGAAACUUUGCUGAGCAGCUAAAGCCGUUAGUUCACCUGGAGAAAAUUGACCCCAAAAGGCUCAUGUGAGUGAAAAGGACCUAGCAAGUAUGUCUAGUUCCUCUUUCUCAGUGGUCCUGGUGACCAGCAUGUAGAUACACUUCUUCCAAAAUGACUCUGGCAAGAACUGAGGAAUUAAAGGUUUUGUUUGGGUUUUUUGGGGGGGGGGGGGGGGGUAGUGCAGAGGUUGUCUCUGGUGUGUUUUGUCACUGCUGUAAUUGACAAUUGGAUCACUUUUUCCCCACUUAAUGUUCCCCUUUAUACAGAUCUACCAUCAGGGUUGACAUUUUUGAAAUGUACUAAUUUGGAAUUUUCUUAUUAAGAAUCCCUUUAAACAGCAUGGAUAGAAACAUUUAAUGUCCUUUAUUACAUCAUAUUAGUGUUUCUGCUUCCAUAUUAAGAAGGGUCUUACUCGUAAGAAGGUGAACAGACCUGAGAUCCAAAGUAUCAAACAUGCUUAGGUUCAUUUCUCUUUCUCACUGCACAUCUCUGGCUGCUGCCUCUUCAGUUGCAGCAUGGCUGCUUCUAUUCUAAUAACUCGUCUUGCAAAGACUGUAAAAGAGCAUGUUCAUGAGCUUCAUCCCUCAAGUGAUGUCCAAAUGUUACUGCAUGAGACAGGAAAUACAACUAACUGUCUGCACAGUGUUGUCAAAGAGGAGCACAUCUUUUCCUAUACUAUUUUUUUUUUCCAAUAGCAUUCUUAGGUGUUACUUGUAACACUAGCAGAUACAAAACUAAGAUGAGAAUGAGUUUUUCAAGUAAAGGUAUACCCCUUUAAGAAGUAUAGAUUUUAAAAGCCAAUGGCCUUAGCUAUGUCACAACCUGAGGUUUUCAAAACUGAGAUCUCUCAAAACAUAACUUACUUUUAAUACUGUUUGUUCUAUGUACAUCACUGUGCUCUGGGGAUGAAAAUAAUCUGGUCAAUUUCUCUUGUUUCUAGUCAAUUUCUGUUUCUGCCUCUUACAUAUUUGUAAAAGGCUAGUAACAGUUUGUAGAUAAUAUUUAAAACAAUGUUUCCAGUGGAAUUUAAAUAAUUCUGUACAUCUAAAGGUUUUUCAAAAGGUCAGUUUUAGGAAACCAAAAUUUUUGGCCCCAAAUUUACGUCACAGUAUUGCCAGUUGCAAAUUUUUUUUUUUUUUUUUUUUGAAGUCAUACACCGUGGUGCCUGACCCCUCUGACUGUGUUAAAUGAUAGCGAAACACAAUACCUGGGGUUUGUGUACUCUUUACCACUAGAGCAACUGUUGCCUCCAGUUUUCUGCUGUGGUAAAAUUGGGGGCAUUAAAAGACUUAUGAUCAGUAGGUGCCCAAGACUCUUAAUUGACUAUCUUGGUGGUUUUAAUAGGUGAUCUGAGCUGUUCAAUUAAACAAUUCCUUAUUC